UCAGAAGAAAGUGUAAAACUCAAUCAGGAUUAACUAGGUGGAACUUCGGAAUCUAAUCAGGUAUCACUUUCUGAUUGGAAGCUGGUGAUUGAGAAGGGGAGGGUGUGGUUAGAAACAUCAAUAAAAGCUCCUGAGUUUGCACAGGAGAGACCCAAAGCCCUGGUGCCUGGAACUACUGCUUGAUUCUCUGAGAGAUCCCAGCACCCUGCAAACUGAGUCCAGAUCUGGUAAGUCACCACCUCCUUAGGAACAUGCCCAUCUGAUCUGCAGCCAGCCAGUCAGGGAUGGUGACACGCAGCCCAAAGUGGCACAGAGAAUUUCCUGUCUGUUUUUUCAAUUAAACAGAUGUAGGUUUUGAUUUUUCCUCUAAAUAUAGUUUUGACUUCAUCCCUCAAAUUUUGAUUUCUGCUUCAUUUUUCUCAUUUCAAAAUUCUUAUUGAAGCAGUUUUUUAAAAAAGAUAUUAACAAUUUACAGUUGGAUGAAUUUUUAUGUCUUGACAUGUGAAGUUACUGGUUUCUGUGCCCUUCAGCUAGAGUUCACACACUUGGUGAUAUUGUGAUUUUCUCGAGUCUUGUUCUGAACAUGGGAUUUAUCUCUGCCCUUAGACUCUGUCCCUAAGUGGGUGAUUGUGAGUAUGUGGAAGGGAUGUGUAUUGGAUCCUUCAUCUGAGACUUAGUGUUUCCAUCCGCACCUUCCAAGUGCUCUAGAAUACUGCCACACUGCUUUUAUAGUUUCUCUUAUAAUUUUUCAAAAUAAAAACAAAUGGCAUUGAUUUUAGGGAAUCACUUUAGUCUUCCCCAAGCAUGCUAAUUGUGUAAACUGAGAAUGCAGGCUGUGUGGGGCCACAGGACAGUCAUUCUCAUUGCUUUUGGGUGGUAAGUAGCAAAAAAAUUUCCCUCAAAAAGGUGGAGCUUAGCUUUCAGGAUCCUGAGUGACAGAUCCCAAUAAUCCUCAGUUUCAGUGGAGCAAUGCAUAGAAAUUAAUGGGCCACUGGCCACCUCGUCCCCUCCUUGGUGUUUGGAAGACAUUCUUUGUGGUAGUCGCAGGGGCACAGGUACAGAUUUGUGGCCACCAAGUGCAGAAUGGAAUUGGGGGGAAUUGAGGGCUUUUCCACCUCCACCAGAGCAAUGAGAUUAGCAAUAGGAGAAGAUGAGGUGAUCGUAUUUGGCCUUAGAGUGAUGCCUUUUCUCUGGAUUUGUCCUCUAGAGUUUUCCCUUGCAGAUUCAUCAAGAUGAGCAUCAGGGCCCCACCCAGACUCCUGGAGCUGGCAAGGCAGAGGCUGCUGAGGGACCAGGCCUUGGCCAUCUCCACCGUGGAGGAGCUGCCCAGGGAGCUCUUCCCCACACUGUUCAUGGAAGCCUUCAGCAGGAGACGCUGUGAAACCCUGAAAACGAUGGUGCAGGCCUGGCCUUUCACCUGCCUCCCUCUAGGGUCCCUGAUGAAGUCGCCUCAUCUGGAGUCGUUAAAAUCUGUGCUGGAAGGGGUUGAUGUGCUGCUGACCCAAGAGGUUCGCCCCAGGCAGUCAAAACUUCAAGUGCUGGACUUGAGGAAUGUGGAUGAGAACUUCUGCGACAUAUUGUCUGGAGCUGCUGCAUCCUUCCCGGAGGCUCCGAGUCAGAAGCAAACAGCAGAUAACUGUCCAGGGACAGGCGGGCAGCAGCCAUUCAUGGUGUUCGUAGACCUUUGUCUCAAGAACAGGACACUGGAUGAAUGCCUCACCCACCUCUUAGAGUGGGGCAAGCAGAGAAAAGGCUUACUGCAUGUGUGUUGCAAGGAGCUGCAGGUUUUUGGAAUGCCCAUCCACAGUAUCAUAGAGGUCCUGAACAUGGUGGAGCUUGACUGUAUCCAGGAGGUGGAAGUGUGCUGCCCCUGGGAGCUGUCCAUUCUUGUCAAGUUUGCCCCUUACCUGGGCCAGAUGAGGAAUCUCCGCAAACUUGUUCUCUUCAACAUCCAUGCAUCUGCCCGCAUUCCCCCAGACAACAAGGGGCAGUUUAUUGCCCGAUUCACCUCUCAGUUCCUCAAGCUGGACUAUUUCCAGAAUCUGUUUAUGCACUCUGUCUCUUUCCUUGAAGGCCACCUGGACCAGCUGCUCAGGUGUCUCCAGGCCCCCUUGGAGAUGGUCGUUAUGACCGACUGCCUGCUGUCAGAGUCAGACUUGAAGCAUCUCUCUUGGUGCCCGAGCAUCCGUCAAUUAAAGGAGCUGGACCUGAGGGGCGUCACACUGACCCAUUUCAGCCCUGAGCCCCUCACAGGUCUGCUGGAGCAAGUUGUGGCCACCCUGCAGACCCUGGACUUAGAGGACUGUGGUAUCAUGGAUUCCCAACUCAGCGCCAUCCUGCCUGUCCUGAGCCGCUGCUCCCAGCUCAGCACCUUCAGCUUCUGUGGGAACCUCAUCUCCAUGGCUGCCCUUGAGAACCUGCUGCGCCACACCGUCGGGCUGAGCAAGCUAAGCCUGGAGCUGUAUCCUGCCCCUCUGGAGAGUUAUGACACCCAGGGUGCUCUCUGCUGGGGGAGAUUUGCUGAACUUGGGGCUGAGCUGAUGAAGACACUGAGGGACUUAAGGCAGCCCAAGAUCAUUGUGUUCUGCACCGUCCCCUGCCCUCGCUGUGGCAUCAGGGCCUCCUAUGACCUGGAGCCCAGUCACUGCCUCUGUUGAAUGCCUGCCAUCAGGGUGGAUAUAUUUCAAGCUUUCUUCUGGUCAUUUUGCAGCUGAAACCUAGGCCAUGAGUGCACGUUAAAGGGAGCACAGACCCAUCGUUUCAAAUGCCUCCUCAGUGUGAAUGGGAAAGGAAUGAGGAUGCAGGAGGGGCAGGACUGGGGGAAAAGUUGACUUGGAGUGGAUGGGCUCUUUAGAGACCUGUGUCCCAGAGAAUCAGAAAUGGGAAUCUGAAUUGCUAGAGUGAGAAUCGGGGAGGAGAGACACAUGAGAGGGUUACCCCUGCACAGAUGGUUGUAAAGUAACAGUCAGAAAUAAAGGGAAACUGAGUGG